AUGGUAAACCAACUCCAUAUAGCCAUAGAUAAAGCUCCAUCAGUUACAUAUAGGCAGUUGGCAAAAAAGGUAUCAAAGAAGCUUAAAGUCAACAAGAAGAUGCAAAAGAUAUCUCCAAACAUAGAUUUGUGGUUGUCCAAAAAUGCUGAUGUCCCGAAGGAUAUGAAGACGGUGAUCAUGAAAACUGUACGAUAUAGAGUGGAAGAAAACAAAGAUGUUGAUGCGGAAAAUAUCGUCUCUAUUCUCUCCCCAGUUCAUAAAAGACUUAUCAUGCGCCCUCUUUGCCUGGAUUUCCUAAAAAAAACAGCUAUAUUAUUCGAGAGGGGGAACCACUCGGAAAGAUGUUCUUCAUCAGGCAAGCUAGGCACCGCAUGGACCUACACAACUCGUACUGAUCACAUCAGUGGUGGAAGUACAAGCGGUCCUUCGAUCAUCGACAACCUGGAGAAAGAUGAUCUCUAUGGGGCAGAACUUCUAGAGUGGGCAUUCAAUUUUGGCUCCUUUUCGGACUUGCCCAUUUCAAUAAGAACUGUUGUGUCCCAAGAAAGAGUUGAAGCUUUUGUUAUCAGGGCCAAAGAUUUGAAGAAAAUUGUCCCUAUGUUCUGGUGGCAGUUUAGCAGGAAACUCCAACUCCAUGACAUAGAGGAAUCUCUGUUGAGGCAGUUGAAGUAUCUGGCAAUUUCUUCCUUGUUACGCCACCGUAAAGCAAUGGCAAAGAGAGGAACUGGCUGGGACAAAGUUUACAGCAAAUUAAUCAAAAGUGACUAA